GUGGGUCAACUGGUCCCCGGAACCAGACCAGCUCAGCCUUGGCGUCUGGCCCCUGGGCCAAGAUCAGGCCCUCAAGGCUUGGAGUCCGUUCUGUGAGGACUGAGAGCCACAUGCAGAGGGCCAAGGCCCAACUGAAUGUUUUCCUGCCGCAGCCUGAGACCACGGGGCUCGCUCGUCAGGGUCCUGUGAUGGGGGUUGAGAGCACACCCUUGCACGGACAAGGGGGCCACGGCCUGAGACACGUGUGCAGGCCCUGCCACGGCCAUCGGCUCCCCUGGAGCCCAGCUGCUGCCACGGGGAGACCAGGUGCCUUCAUUAGCGCCGUGCCUGUGACCGGGGAGUCCUUCUGCGACUGUGACAGUCAGAGUGAGGCCUUCUGCGGCAGCCUGCACGCUGCCCACCGGGGCAGGGACUGCCGCUGCGGGGAGGAGGACGAGUAUUUUGACUGGGUCUGGGAUGACCUGAAUAAGUCCUCAGCCACCCUGCUGAGCUGUGACAACCGGAAGGUCAACUUCCACAUGGAGUACAGCUGUGGCACAGCGGCCAUCCGGGGCACCAAGGAGCUGGGGGAGGGCCAGCACUUCUGGGAGAUCAAGAUGACCUCGCCUGUCUACGGCACUGACAUGAUGGUGGGCAUCGGGACAUCGGACGUGGACCUGGACAAGUACCACCACACGUUCUGCAGCCUGCUCGGCCGGGAUGAGGACAGCUGGGGCCUCUCCUACACGGGCCUCCUCCACCACAAGGGCGACAAGACGAGCUUCUCCUCCCGGUUCGGCCAGGGCUCCAUCAUUGGCGUGCACCUGGACACCUGGCAUGGGACGCUGACCUUUUUUAAGAACAGGAAGUGCAUAGGUGAGGGCGUGACUCUGACAUGUGCCUGCAGAGCGUGGCUGCCACUGAGCUCCUGGAGUGGCAGCCACCAAGCUGCAGAACAAGAGGUUCUACCCGAUGGUGUGCUCCACGGCGGCCAAGAGCAGCAUGAAGGUGAUCCGCUCCUGUGCCAGCAUCACCUCCCUGCAGUACCUGUGCUGCUACCGCCUGCGCCAGCUGCGGCCCGACUCUGGGGACACGCUCGAGGGCCUGCCCCUGCCGCCCGGCCUCAAGCAGGUGCUGCACCACAAGCUGGGCUGGGUCCUGAGCAUGAGCUGUGGCCACCGCAAGCCCCCUGCGCCCUCGCCCACAGCCAAUCCCAGCAGCCCCGAGACCCGGCGCUGCCAGAGGAAGCGCUGCCGAAGGACCUAGCUUGUUUCCCAGUGAAAACUGCCUUCUACAGCUGGGAUGGCGUUUUCUCUGUUUCUCCCUUUGGACCACCCUCCAGGGCAACAGGAGAGGGAGGACUGAACCAAGGUUUGUCUCGGCUGCCCCCCUGCCACCCGGCUGGGAGAGGCCUUGCUACAGGGGCUCCGGGGCCGUUACCCUGUGAUCCGGAGACCCGGACUUCCUAGUCUGUCUGCUUCCUGUGCCGGGUGUCGGAGCAGCCACUUUCCUUCUCAGAGUCUCUGGGGAGCUGCUGCCCCAGCAUGUCUAGACUCGGGCUGCAGGCCUGGGAGACUCGUCUGCUGCCUGUGAGGAGGACGGCUUCGUGAGAGGUCGGCUCUUCCUGCUGUCGCCGCCGGCCUUGGGUUUUUCUUAACUUGCUUUGCAUGUUGUCAGCUGCUGUUCCUCUCGUCUGAGGCUGAAAACGACCGUAAUAAACUUAGAGUUUACGUCUGA